UUUGGUGUGGGUCUGCAAACACCUACACUAGGUACAAGAUCGGCCAUGGACUGUGUCCAGGCUGAAACCAAGAGCUUUGGCACAAGAGUGAGAGGCAGGUGCCACCUCAGGUCUGUGCAAGGUCAGGGCCCUGGCAAUUUAAAUCCCAGAACUUGGAAAUAAAACUUGUCCCGUUGGCAUAUUCCUCCCUGCUGCCUGGGUCAGAGGUAUCCCUCUGCUGGGGAAUGGGGUGGAGUACACAUCUAAUGCCAGCUCUCCCCCUCCACAGAGUUUUGGCCCGUGGUCGUGCAGUCCAAGGGGCUAGAUGGCAUGCUGGACCCAAGCUCAGCUCAGCGUCCGGACCCAAUAACAGCUUUUCCAAGGGAGCAGCUUUCUAUCCUGGCCACGCUGAGGUGCAUAGCGUGAUGUCCAUGUUGUUCUACACUCUGAUUACAGCGCUUUUGAUCGGCAUCCAGGCAGAACCCUACCCAGAGAGCAAUGUCCCAGCAGGACACGCCAUCCCCCAAGCCCACUGGACUAAACUUCAGCAUUCCCUCGACACAGCUCUCCGCGGAGCCCGCAGCGCGCCUGCGGGGGCGAUAGCGGCACGGGUGGCAGGGCAGAACCGCAACGUCACCGUGGACCCCAGGCUUUUUAAGAAGCGGCGACUCCGGUCACCCCGCGUGCUGUUUAGCACCCAGCCCCCGCCCGAAGCCGCGGACGCCCAGGAUCUGGACUUGGAGGUCGGUGGUGCCGCCCGCUUCAACAGGACUCACCGGAGCAAGCGGUCGACGACCCACCCCGUCUUCCACAGGGGGGAGUUCUCCGUGUGCGACAGCGUCAGCGUGUGGGUCGGGGAUAAGACCACCGCCACGGACAUCAAGGGCAAGGAGGUGAUGGUGCUGGGAGAGGUGAACAUUAACAACAGCGUGUUCAAACAGUACUUUUUCGAGACCAAGUGCCGGGACCCCACUCCCGCGGACGGCGGGUGCCGGGGCAUUGACUCGAAGCACUGGAACUCGUACUGCACCACGACUCACACCUUCGUCAAGGCGCUGACCAUGGACGGCAAGCAGGCGGCCUGGCGGUUCAUCCGCAUCGACACGGCCUGCGUGUGCGUGCUCAGCAGGAAGGCGGCCAGACGAGCCUGACCUGCCACCCCCCUCCCGUGCCUCCCCCCCCGCCCCUCCCUACCUCAACCUGUAAAUUAUUUUAAAUUAUAAGGACUGCAUGGUAAUUUAUAGUUUAUACAGUUUUAAAGAAAUCAUUAUUUAUUAAAUUUUUGGAA